ACAUUUGACAUAAUUUUGUUUUGAACUUUCGAUUUGGGAUAUUAUUAAAAUAAUUAUUCAAAUGAACCUUGUUCCCGUUGUUUAUUGUUAAAAACAAUGAGAACCACAAUUUAUAUUAGGGCUAAAACAUUAAAUAAAUUAGUAAUAAACCGUUUUAAUGUGACAAGCAAAGUAAAUAUUUUGGGAAACUGCAAUUGCUACAAUGAACCCUUUUAUCAAACUUACUCCUGUUUAACACCUAGAUCUGUGAUAUUUAACAGUCCAGCGCUAUAUCAAUCUUGUAGAUUUCAAGGCACCGAUAUUAAGGAGGCAGCUAAAGAUGACUCUAAAAGGUCUGAGAAAGAGAUACCUGAAAAAAUUGUCCUCAAAGAAACUCUUUCAAGAAAGGAAAAGUUAAAGAAGGCUGUAAAAGAAUAUGGUUCAACUGUUAUUGUAUUUCACAUUGGAAUAUCAUUAAUGUCAUUGGGCACUUCAUAUUUGCUAGUUUCAUCUGGCUUAGAUGUAGCUUCACUUUUUAAAACCAUUGGACUGGAAGAAUGGAUCAAAAACAGUAAUAUCGCAACUAACGCCGGGACUUUUGCAGUUGCUUACGCUCUUCAUAAAGUUUUUGCUCCAGUACGAAUUACAAUAACUCUAGCAUCAGUACCGUUGAUUGUCAGAUAUCUUAGAAAAGUAGGGUUUUUAAAGAAAUAAAACUUUUCUUAUUAUUAGAUAAGGUUUAAAAUAUGAACUGACUUAUUUGUGAUAUAAUACAAAUAGUUUAUUCCUUGAGACAUUAUUUUAAAAUAUUAUUACAUAUUUAUUUUGUUGUUCGUAUUAAAAAGAACUAAAUUUUAUAAAUAUUAUAAUAGUUUUUAUUAAUAAACUUGAAAUUUCCCUACUCAAUUUACUGUACAAUAAAGAAUUACUUUUUACUAAUAUAAUUGAUUUAAAUUUUAUCCCGUAUUCUCCUGAUACUAUGUCCUUGUGAACAAGUAUCAGUUUAUUGAAAGUAUUACACCUCUUUAAAACCAAAUGUAAUGCAUAUGCUUGGCUAGCGUCAAUUUUAAACUGUUCUGUUAAAAACUACAUUCAAACAAAUUUGCAACAUUAAUAUGAAACUUUAUUAAAUGUAAGUUAAAUAAAAUAUCUUAAUUUUAAAUCAAUUAAAUUUAUAAUUGAAAACGGUUUACUUAUUAUUCAGCUAUAUUUAUUUAAUUUAAUGUUCAGUAUAAGAAUAAACAUAAUUUCCGAUUGUGCAUGACUUUUGUGGUUGUUUUAUAGCUUUUUUACGUUAUAGAUUUGUAAUGGGUUACAAAUAGACUAGGAUGUAGAGUAUCUGUUAAAUAAAAGAUAUUGAAACCA